UCUCCAUACAGUUGACUGAGAGGUCCGUUCUUGAUUUGCGAAGAUGCGGGUACUUAACGAUUGAUCUGCUUUAACACAAUCUAGCACUCGUUCUUCCAAUGCUAGAAUCCUGGCAUUGCUUGGUCGUCCAACAACUUCCGGCUUUGAAAAGAUCCUAGAGUAAAAUUAUAAGAGAAAAUGCCCAAAGCACAAUCGAAAUCCUUCAAAAAUGGUGAAGAUAUGCCGAUCAUCGUGGUGGAGGGACCUUCGAGGGAAAAUCUGAAUAAUAUUCCCUAUGCAGAUGAGGAAAAUGCAGUUCGAGAGGAAAAUGUUGAAAAGCGGGAGGAGGAUUUUGAUGUUGAGGGUCAAAGGAGAGGAAGUCUGGAAACACACAGGAAAAACAGCAUUUCUUUACCGAAUUUGGAGGAACUAAAUGGAUUAAAAGAGAAACAAUCAGAGAUUAGCGAUUUCAAUUCCCAGAGCGAACUUGAAACCGACGAUGAAUUGGUUGAAACCCGUGGUCCAGCGAGAAAUGUCCGAAGAAAGUCAGUGCUAAGUCCCAAAAUGCUGACCCCACCCGAUCCUUCUGAUUUUACAGACAGCAACUCACCCGCUAACUCGGUUACUUCAGUUAAUUCCUUGGCAAGUUUACUUAAGGAAAAAAUCCAAAAUCUACCACAAACCAUAAGAAAGAAGAAGUCCAACGAAUAUAAAAUCAAAGUAUUCGUAGCAUUCCUAUUUAUCACCAUCGUAGUUCUAGUAUGUUGCGCUUACUUCUUGUACCACCAAAAGGUCUUAGCCAAGGCGUACUUCGACAGAAUAAAAUUCAACAAAAACAAGCGGAUUAUGAAAAUUUACAACAACGACGGGAUUGAAAUCAUCAGUGCCCGUUUGGGAACCACUUUAAAUUACAACACAGUCCUUCCUUGUCUGCCCCAAGACGAAAGAAAGGACGGCUCCAUAUGCCUUGAAUGGAUGGAUAGAGCUAGAUUGUACCUACACGCAUACACUUUAAAUGAACACGUGAAAUGUUACAAUCUAGAGUGGUACUCGCUGAAUGAAAACCUCGCCCCUACAGAUUGUAUUGAAUUGGCGCCUGGGGUUCAUUGGUAUGGUGGUGGUCAAACGAAAGAGUCAGCGUGGCCUCUUGAAAAGGGUGGUCAUAACUUUAGCCCCUUUGUAACUGGAAACAUUGAGUUUCAUGAAUGGGGAAAUGCAUUGAAAAGAUAUUUUAUCAAUUCCAAGGGGGCCGCAAUAGUUAUUGACGAAAAAACGCCCCUCUAUGUAGCAAUACUGGGUGAAACAAAGAAAGAUCUCUGCUUUAGAGCUAAGUAUGAUGAAUUUGCUUUCGCCAACAAGUUUACAGUAGCACCGGAGCUGAAUUAUAGUAUUUGUACUGGCAGCAACAUGUCGGAGCUACAUUCACAUUUAACAGAGCAAACAUUGUGGGAUGGUCUUAAGAAGGAGGAUGCUGAUAUUAUCGAUAGUCUCUUAACUGAACCUUUAUGGGAAAUUACUUCUGAUUACAAGGAGUCCCUUACUGAAGAAAUGGUAUCAAACUUCACCGAAGACGUCAUCGCUCUGGGCACAAUCAAGCAAGGACACGUAUUAAUCAACGAAUUCUGGCAAAACGAAGUGGGCGACUUCGAGGUGGACCUCAAUCGAUUCCCAACUCUGGAUAAAACCAUUGAGAUCCUGAGAAGACGCGGAUUUAGGGUAGUUUUCACUAUCCAACCGUUCAUCUCCACUGAAAGCUUUAACUUUGCCGAAGCCGUUAGGAAGAACUUGCUGGUUUUGGAACGGUUUAGUGGAAAAAAAGUACCUGCAUUAACCAGUUUUGGAACAGUUCAAAGUGCGGGCGUCCUGGAUAUAACCAACAACCGUACGGUGCCAUGGCUCAUCGAAAAACUGAAAACGGUGAUGAACAAGUACAAGUUUAACGCCUUUUAUUUGGAGCUGGGGACAGCUUAUGAUAUGCCACACUACUACCAAUGUGAGAAACCUCUAAUAAAUCCAGAUCAGUAUAAAACAGCUUUCAUAAGUAGCAUCCAGAAUGCCGUAAGCAUUCUUGGUGUCACUGAUGCCAUUGAAAGACCCAGAUCUCCUAGUUUCGUGUCUUUACCCAAGUUUGAAUCUAGCUGGGAUGGAUUAAGAAGGGUUAUACCAACCAUUCUAACUUAUGGCAUUAUUGGCUAUCCAUUUUUAAUCCCUGGGGCUGUUGGUGGCGACUAUGACUCAAUAGAGACUCAAUUGGAGGGGCUCAAUGGUACGCUCACGGAAUUGCCAGAUCAAGAACUUUAUAUAAGAUGGCUGCAAUUGGCUGUAUUUUUACCUGUGGUACGAUACAAUCGCUUACCGAAUAGUUAUGGUGAUAAGAAAGUGUUGGAUACAGCCAUUAGUUUGGCUAUUUUGAGGCAAAACAAGGUAAAACCUGUCUUAAAAAAAUACGCCAGAGUCUCCUUAAACCUAGGAUUACCGAUCAUUAGACCAUUAUGGAUGUUAGACCCGCACGAUCCUUCUUGCCAUACGGUGAUGGAUGAGUUUUCUAUUGGAGAAGAUAUCAUUGUUGCUCCCAUUCUGUAUUCCAAAUCUAACGAAAGAGAAGUUUACUUACCUGCAGGUGUUUGGAAAGACGGAAUCGAUGGUAGUUUAAGAAAAGGUAGCAGAUGGAUCCACGAUUACCGGGUGGAAGACAACCAGGUGGCAUAUUUUGAAAAAAUGCCCGAUGACACGAGAUUUUAACUCGGAAGUAAUAAAAAGGCAUGAAUGAAACUCAUAUAAGUUUUAUUAAACAGAAAACAAUAGAGCAGUUGAAGAAGAUGUUAGAUUUAAGUGUGAAAGGAUAUACAUAUUUGUGAUAUGAAAAAUUUAGGUUUUUCUUCUUUAUAAUAAACAUUAUUUAUUUAAGGAUUC